AUGUUGCGAAGCUUCUGCAGGGACUCUUUCCACCAGGCCUCCUUCUCAUCCCUCAGCCGCGCGGCGGCGGCGCUCCCGGCAGAGAAACUACGGAUGUGGAAAUUUCCGGUCAGCAGAGCUGCCGUGAAUGCCCGCGACGGCGCGGGGCUGGCGGAUGUGAGAAGGCGCGUCGGAGAGGAUCGGGCCGAACGUGAUGCCAUUUUUGCUCGAGGGUUAAACCCUGCUCAGCGGAAAGUAGCAGCUAAUCGAGGGAAUGGAAAUGGAAAAAGAUUGUUAUGGUUAUCCUCGUGUGAAGAAGAAGAUGACUCGGGCUUCGUGUGUUGCUCGGCUGCACUCAUUUCUUGCACUGCCGGAGGUUCUAUGACAGUGGCAUCAGAUUGCGCACCAAUGGAGGCAGCAAUGCACCAUGCAUGGAUCACAAGGCGAACAAAGAAGAAGUUCAAGAAAAAUGAAAAUCACCUUGAGAUGAUAUUUCCUUUGCAACAGUUGCCGACCCAUUCCUGUGUAGAUGCCGCAAACCCACCAAGCAAACAGCAAGCCUUCGGUAAGAAGGCAAGCUGUGUCAGGAUCUAUCCCAUGGCAUGUGGCUGUAACGACAGCAAGGGCAAUACCUCCCUCCACACAUAUUGCGUGACCAAUGCACGCACUUUGUUGAGUUAUGUUCUCCAAGAGAAUGAAAAAGAGAAGUAUAGCCAGUUACUCCCUCAGACACUUCUGUUCAGUAAUAUGCCCAGGAACACAAACAAGGAAAUGAGGACUCACAACUUUCAUGAUCUUCAGUACAUCCGAAAAUGCCUGUCAUCCAGUCCUCAUCAGCUGGGGGUGAGUAGGUUGGUGGUAAAGUUUGUCCACAUUGUUCGCAUUUAG